AUGGCAGCUUCCAGGGCUGCUGAGACUCCAGAACAAGCAAGUAAUCGGCUUGAAGAACAACGAACCAGGCAAGCGGCUUCAAGAGCUGCUGAGACACCAGAGCAAACAACAACUCGGCUUGAAGAACAACGAACAAGACAAGCAGCUUCAAGAGCUGCUGAGACAGCGGAACAAACAACUAUUCGGAAUACAGAUAAACUCACAAGGCAAGCUGUUUCAAGAGCUGCUGAAACACCAGAGCAAACAACAACUCGGCUUGAAGAACAACGAACAAGACAAGCAGCUUCAAGAGCUGCUGAGACAGCGGAACAAACAACUAUUCGGAAUACAGAUAAACGCACAAGACAAGCGGCUUCAAGAGCUGCUGAGACAGCGGAACAAACAACAACUCGGCUUGAAGAACAACGGACAAGACAAGCAGCUUCAAGAGCUGCUGAAUCUUCAGAACAACAACAAGUACGGCGUGAGGAAGAUCGAAGAAGACGUUCCAAUUCACGAGCAUCACGUUGGUCAUUCAUGGAACGGGAAGCAUUUCAAUAUGAUCCAACCAAAAAUUAUGACAAUCACCCUCAACUUUAUAUUGGUCGAAUGACAGAGAUUUGCUCAUAUUGUGAUGCACUCAAGUGGUCUGGCGAAGCACCAGGUAUGUGCUGUUCCAAUGGUAAAGUAAAACUGCCAUCACUUCGACAGCCUCCUGAACCAUUGGAAUCAUUAAUGUCCGGCACAACAACAACAUCAAAGCAUUUCUUGGAGAACAUUCGAAAGUAUAAUUCAUGUUUUCAAAUGACGUCAUUUGGUGUUACAAGCGAGGUGUGUGAGCCAGGUUUCAUGCCUACAUUCAAAAUUCAAGGUCAAGUUUACCAUCGCAUAGGAUCGUUGUUACCACUGACCAAUGAAGAACCUAAAUUUCUUCAAAUUUAUUUCAUGGGAGAUGAACAGCAACAGGCGAGACAACGAUGCAAUAAUAUUCCAGGUACAAGACAAGAUAUUGUUAUAGAUUUGCAACGAAUGCUUCAUCAAUAUAACAGCUAUGUCCAUAUUUUCAAGUCUACUCUAGAGAAGAUGCUUUCUGACGAAUACAGAGUGGUUAUCAGUGCAGACAAGAAGCCUGCUAGGGAGCAUGCAAGACGCUUCAACGAACCUUCUACAAAUGAAGUAGCAGUCAUCAUUGCUGGUAACGAAUUCGAGAGACAGGACAUCAUUUUGGAGAAGAAAAACAAUCAGUUACAGAGAGUGGCAGAAACACACAGGUCAUAUGAUGCGUUGCAAUAUCCACUGAUCUUUUGGGAGGGAGAAGAUGGAUAUCAUUUUCUCAUAAUGCAGACUGAUCCGACAACAGGAACGCCCGUUGAUCGCAAAAAAGUUUCGGCCAUGGAUUUUUAUGCUUACAGAAUAAUGAUGCGAGCUGGUGCUAUAAAUCAUAUCUUAAGAUGUCGUCAACUUUUUCAUCAAUUUAUCGUUGACAUGUACGCUAAAAUCGAAAGUGAGCGGUUAUGGUUCAUACGACUUAACCAAAAGAAACUGAGAGUAGACGAAUACAUUCACUUAAGAGACGCAAUAGCUAAUGAUGGCAACGCCGAUACCCUUGGUCAAUUAGUAAUACUACCAUCUACAUUCACUGGAAGUCCACGUCACAUGCACGAAUAUACACAAGAUGCUAUGACAUACGUGAGAAACUACGGAAGACCUGAUCUAUUUGUAACAUUCACUUGCAAUCCAACAUGGGAAGAAAUUCAAGAAGAACUAUUAGAUGGUCAAAAUCCGUCCGAUCAUCAUGAUCUGCUGGCAAGAGUAUUCAAGCAAAAACUCAUAAAAUUAAUGAAUAUUAUUACCAAAAGCCAUGUAUUUGGACCAACACAAUGUUGGAUGUAUUCUAUUGAAUGGCAAAAGAGAGGUCUGCCUCAUUCUCAUAUAUUGAUAUGGUUGAAAGACAAAAUUAAGCCAGAUGAAAUAGACAGCGUUAUUAGUCCAGAAUUACCAGAUCGUCAACAAGAUCCCCGUCUAUUUCAGGUUGUCGUGAAAAACAUGAUUCAUGGACCUUGCGGUAGUAUCAAUCCUGGAUCUUCGUGUAUGAAAGAUGGAAAGUGUACCAAAAGGUAUCCCAGACAACUUAUUCAAGAUACACAAACAGGUGAAGAUGGUUAUCCACUCUACAGAAGGCGAAGUCCAGAAGAUGGUGGUUUCAAAGCAAGAAUCAAGACCAAAUUUGGCAACUCGAUUCAAGAAAUUGAAAUCGAUAACAAAUGGGUUGUACCAUACUGUCCGUUACUUUCCCGAAUUUUUCAAGCUCAUAUUAAUGUCGAGUAUUGCAAUUCGGUCAAGUCGAUCAAAUACAUUUGCAAAUACGUUAACAAAGGUAGUGAUCAAGCGAUGUUUGGCUUUGGAAAAGAUGGAACAACAGUUGAUGAAGUGGAACAAUAUCAGUUAGGACGAUACAUCAGCAGUAAUGAAGCAGUUUGGCGAAUCUUGGACUUUUCAAUUCAUGAACGACAUCCGACGGUAGUACAUCUGGCUGUUCACUUAGAAAAUGGACAACGCGUCUAUUUCACGGAAGACAAUUUACAUGAAAGAAUUAAUGAACCACCAAAGACGACGUUGACAGCAUUUUUCUUACUAUGUCAGAAAGAUGAAUUUGCUAGAACACUACUGUAUUGCGAUGUUCCAAAAUUUUACACUUGGAACGCGUCAGAAAAAGCUUUCAAACGUCGUGUUCAAGGAACGAGUGUACCUGGCUAUCGCAACAUUAGAGCAACAAACGCUUUGGGCCGCGUCUACACUGUGCAUCCAAAUAAUUUUGAAUGCUUCUUUCUACGAAUUUUACUCCAUACAAUUAGAGGUCCAACUUCGUUUGAAGCUCUAAGAACUGUAAAUGGUCGGAAAUGUGCGACAUUUCGGGAAGCCUGUCAACUACUUGGCUUACUUGAAGACGAUACGCAAUGGAACGCUACGAUGACUGAAGCAGCUACGAUUCAAUCUCCUUCACAACUUAGAAAUCUAUUCAUAAUUUUACUAUUAGUAUGUGGUCCAUCUAAUCCGGGAAAAUUAUGGGAAUCCUACAAAGAAAGUUUAACCGAAGAUAUUCUCAUAAAAGCUCGCAGAGAGAAUCCUGGAUUAGCUUUAAAUUAUACACCUGAUAUGUUCAAUCAAACAUUGAUUAUUCUUGAAGAUAAAGCUCUGGCAAUGGCUGGCAAAGAUCUUAAACAAUUAGGUCUUCCAACUCCUCUAAGAACUCUUGGUGAUCGAUUGACCAGAGAAAUACUGCGAGAGACGAGCUACGAUUUGAACGAUUUGAACGAGUAUAUAUCAACAAACGAACCAUUACUGUUACCAGAUCAAAAGGCUGCUUAUAAUACUAUAUUAGAUCGGAUCAAUCGGAAAGCCGGUGGAAUAAUUUUUCUCGAUGCACCAGGUGGAACAGGAAAAACAUUUUUCAUUAAUCUACUCUUAGCUAAAAUUCGACGGAAGUCUGAAAUUGCAAUUGCAGUGGCUUCUUCCGGCAUUGCAGCUACACUACUUCAUGGUGGUCGUACUGCUCAUUCAACAUUAAAGUUGCCGCUCAAUCUUACACAAUGUGAAACUCCACUUUGUAAUAUUAGCAAAGGUACUGGAGAAGCCAAAGUUUUACAAGAAUGUAAGCUUAUUGUAUGGGAUGAAUGUACCAUGGCGCACAGAAAAGCAUUAGAAGCUCUUGAUCGAACACUUCAAGAUCUUCGCGACAAUGGAAAACUCAUGGGUGGAGCUAUCUUACUUCUAGCUGGUGAUUUUCGUCAAACAUUACCAGUCAUCCCGAAAGGAACGAUGGCUGAUGAACUCAAAGCCUGCUUAAAAGCUUCAUAUCUUUGGAGACAUGUUCAUAAGCUGGAACUCAAGACCAACAUGCGAGUUCACUUACAAGGUGAUGUAGCUGCUGGCCAAUUUGCUCAACAACUACUUAAUCUUGGAGAUGGAAAAAUAGUUGCUGAUCCAACUAAUGGACUUAUCACAAUACCAAAUAAUUUUUGUAAUAUAGUAGAUUCAAUAGAAACUCUCAAAACCAGUGUAUUUCCAGAUAUUCGACGCUGUUUCAAUGACCACAAAUGGCUAUAA